UCAGAGAUCAAGAUUUUUCGCUGAGCAUGAGCGUUUUGAUGAUUUUAUGGAAAUGCGGGAAGGUCUGGAUCUAAUAGGUGUCAGUUCAUUUAAAGAAUAUAUGGUAGCUUACAGAGAAGCUGAUCGAUGUCCUUGGUAUUCUUCACAAAUAUUAUUUUGGACGUUGUCUUGUUUGCUUCUGUCGUGGCCUCUACGUAUCAUUAUUGAAUGUAAUACAGCUUACGUUCAUUAUACGAUAACUAAAAUUUUUGGUACAAACUAUGAAUUGGAUCCGAGUCGACAGCUUGAUUUAGAUACACAUCUAUCGGACACUCUGCCGCCAGUACCAGCUGCGAAUUACGCUUGGAACCUUGCUGAUGAGCAGAGCGCAGUAUUGUCUUCUGUUCCCCGUCCACCUCGUACUCUUCCUUUAUCUCAUGCAUCUACUGUCGAUAGUUUAGAAUUAUUCGCCGCAAUACGAGGUAACUGUGCCUUAGUACCUUCUUAUUCUGAAGCAAUGCGUAUCGACGCCGCGCUUAGGGAAGAACCAACUGAAAAUACCAAUCCUGUAGUAAUCGAUAUGGAAUCCGAACAAAGGUACAGGCCAACUGUGAAAGCUGCAUCUUUUGAUGAACCUACUCGUAGACCUAAAGUACUAAUAGCGAGUACACAUUCAAGCAGUAACAUUGCUGAUAGCACUAGAUCUUUUGAUAUUAAACAAAAUAGGCGUUCUUGGGCUGGAGUGUUAACAACAGCUAGAAGUGCAAGACAAAUAUUAGAAGAUUUUACAAACAACACUUCACCUAAUUACCAAUUAAUAUCAGAACAACAAGUGAGAAGGAACGGAGAGAAUACAUUAUAUUUUUCAAGAGAAUUAUCUCCUACGUGCUCGCGAGAUCCAUUUGGAGGUCGAGCACAAACAACUCCUACUGAUGAACCCCCGCCUUAUGAAGAAGCAUUAAAAUUACCUGCGUUACGACGAAUAACUAGAUCCAUAACUGGGACAGAUUUAGCAGGACCUCGAAGAGCAUUUCUAAGAGACGUAAUUGCAAAUAGGAGGUCAUGUUUAGAUGGCAUUGGUGUAUUAGCCGGACCUAGAGUCAUAAGAUUACCCCAAUGUGAAUCUGGAGAAGAAACACCUCUAUAGCCUUCGAGUGCAGUCACAUUUAUUUAAUAGCGCUUUCGAAAGUUCAAUGAUGGAACUUUCUACAUUAUUAAAAGAGCUUGCCAACGUCUAAUAUAAGAACCAAUGUAAAAUUAAAUCGGAUUGUAUAGUACUUUGAGACCGAUAUAGUUAAUCGUCCAUAUUUGUUGACUAUUACGAUAUUUAUACAUGGAAUAUUGAAUAUAAGUUUAACUUAAGAUAUGUAAAUAUUUACUGUACUCUUAAAUAGAUAGGUGCAUAUAAAAUUGCUUGUUGCUUUGACUACUGGUAAUAAAUAUUAUAUUGAAAUUUCGAUAAUUCAUCACCGCCAGUUAAAGUCAAUUAAAAAAAUCCAUACAACCAAAGUCUUUUAAAUAAGAUACGUUUCAUAUUCAAAGGUCAUUUAAGCUAAAACGUAUUAAAUAGUAACAGCUAUACUCCUAUGUAGUUAUAAGCUAAUGGUAAUUUUAUAAGGCAGUGCCUUAUAUUUUCAUUUUAAGCAAUGAAUGGAAUAAUUGUGUAUUCACAGACACGGUGGAGACUUCGCAUUUUGAAUGAAUAAUCAAGUUAUAAGGCUACGUAAGUAGAUAUUUAAGCAUUUGAUAAAAUGGUGCACAAAUUACUUGUCAUAAAUUUGACAAAAGUUAAGCCAAAAGUGAUAUU